AGUCUUGCUGUCACCCAGGCUUGGUGUGCAGUGGUGUGAUCUUGGCUCACUGCAACCUCCACUUCCAGGGUUCGAGUGAUCCUCCCACCUCAGCCUCCCAAGUAGCUGGGAUUACAAGCAUACGCCGCCACAUCUGGCUAAUUUUUAUAGUUUUGGUAGAGAUAGGGUUUUACCAUGUUGGCCAGGCUGGUCUUGAACUCCUGACCUCAGAUGAUCUGCCUGCCUCUGCCUCCCAAAGUGCUGGGAUUACAGGUGUGAGCCACCACACUCGGCCUGACCCUUUCCUUCUCUACUGGCAAAACUCCUGCAACUUUUCAAACCCAGCUAAUAUUACUUCCUCUGUGAAGGCCUCGCUGACUCCCCAGGCCGUUGGUAUCUCUCUUGCAUGGGCUCCCCGGCCACUGCAUUGCUCUCUAUCACACCCUGACCACCUGGGCAGCAACCCCAUCCCCACCCGUUGACUGUGGGCUCCUUGAAGGCAGGACCUAGGUCUGUCCCAUCUCUAUGUCCCCAGCAAUGCUAAGCAUGAGUCAGACUCAAAAGACAUUUGCUGAAUGGCUGCAAACCAGAGGAAGUAUCUCUGGCCUCAGGCUGGGACCCUAGUCCUCUCUCCUCCCACCUCUGACUUCAUACCACUCACCCUCCAGGGUCUUCAAUGCCCACUGUGACAUCACAGUUGGCCUGUGACAGGCAAUCAGGUCACUGUCCAUGGCUACCAGGUGUUUCAAGGACCACAAGCCCUUUCACAUCCACCAUGUCUUCACCUAAGAGAUCUUCAAAACCCAGCAUGCCCCUGGCACGCACUGGAUCCUCCAUACCCACUGCGGAUCCCACGCCUCCUGCUUCUCUGAAGAACACCAAAUCAGCAACACCCAACAGAUCCUCAGUGCCCACCAAGCCAGCGACAUUGGUCAUGAGCCCAAGCAGUUCAAAGUCCACCAAAUCAACCAGUACAAAGAGAGUCCCUUCUAACCAGUCCAGCAGCAGGUCCCAAGUCCACAGCAAGGCAAGAACACCCAGCAGGGUAAGCAAGGACACCAGCACCAGCAAAGCCAGCAAGGCCAGCAGCGUGAGAUGCCAUCAGCGGAGGGGCACGCAUAGCCGGGGUAGGACACCUGGCAGAAGGGGAAGCCGGAGCUCCAAGAGGUCACCCAGCAGGGCCAGCACUCCUGCCAGAAGAACUCAUGGUGCCAGACCAGGCAUGGCCAGCAAGGUGAGAACUCCCACUUUCCAGCAAAAACAGAGGCGGGGGAAGAGUUACGGCCGUUCUAGAACCAGCAACAGGGAAAGUAGUGACAGCCAGGCUAGAAAUAUAAGCAAGGAGAAGAGUUACAGCCCACCAGGAAGCUCAGGUAGGGGGAGGAGCUCCAAGCUGGCUGUAACUCCCAGUAGAGCCAAGAGUCACAGCCCAACUCGAAUUCCGUCCAAGAAGAAGAGUGAGAGCCCGUGUCUGUCGUCAUCAAGGAAGGCGAAGUGCUACAGUCAGAUGAUCACCCGCAGCGGGGAAAAGAGUUACAGCCCGACUAAAGUGUUCAGCAGGGUCAAGAAUGAUAACCAGGCCAGCACCCCCUGCAGGCCCCGAAGUCACAGCCAAUCUAGAAGCCCCAGAAGGUCAAGAAGUCGCAGUCAGAAGAGGACCUACAGCAGGGUGAGAAGUCACAGUUGGAAGAGAAAUCGUAGCAGGGCAAGAAGUCGCACCCGGAAGGGAAUUCUGAGCCAGAAGGGAGGACACAGCCAGUCUAGAACCCACAGCAAGGCGAAAAGUCAAAACCAGUCUAGAACCCCCAGAAGAGGAAGAAGUCACAACUGGUCUAGAACCCCCAGCAAGGAAAGAAGUCAUAGCCCGUCUAGAAGCUCCAGCAAAAAGAGAGACCGCAGAGGAUCUAGCAGCCCCGGUAAGGACAGAGAUCGCAGUCAAUCUGAAAGUCCCAACAAGCAGAGAGAUUGCAGCCGAUCUAGAAGUCCCAGCGAGAAGAAGGAUCACAGUCAAUCUGGAAGCCCCAACAAGGAGAGAGACCACAGCCAAUCUAGAAUUCCCAGCAAGGAGAAAGAUCUCAGCCGUUCUGGAAGUCCCAGCAAGGAAAGAGAGUACAGGCAAUCUAGAAGCCCCAGCAAGGAGAGAGAGCGCGGCCGAUCUGGAAGCCCCAGCCAGGAGAGAGUGCGCGGACGUUCUAGAAGCCCCAGCCAGGAGAGAGCGCGCGGACGUUCUAGAAGCCCCAGCCAGGAGAGAGCGCGCGGACGUUCUAGAAGCCCCAGCCAGGAGAGAGCGCGCGGACGUUCUAGAAGCCCCAGCCAGGAGAGAGCGCGCGGACGUUCUAGAAGCCCCAGCCAGGAGAGAGCGCGCGGACGUUCUAGAAGCCCCAGCCAGGAGAGAGCGCGCGGACGUUCUAGAAGCCCCAGCCAGGAGAGAGACCGCGGCCGAUCUGGAAGCCCCAGCAAGGAGAGCGAGCGCAGACAUUCUAGAAGCCCCAGUCAGGAGAGAGCGCGCGGAUGUUCUAGAAGCCCCAGCCAGGAGAGAGACCAUGGCCGAUCUGGAAGCCCCAGCAAGGAGAGAGAGCGCGGACGAUCUGGAAGCCCCAGCCAGGAGAGAGACCGCGGCGGAUCUGGAAGCCCCAGCAAGGAGAGAGAGCACAGACAUUCUAGAAGCCCCAAUAAGAAGAGUAGUUACAGACGAGCCUACAGCAAGGAGAAAGCUCACGGCCGAUCUAGAACCCCUAGCAAAGAAGAAAAUCAUAGCCAAUCUAGAACCUCCAGCAAGGAGAGAGAUCCCAGUCAAUCUACAGUCCCAGGAAGUCGGGACUGGAAGAGAUCCCCUAGCAGGACAAGGAGUCCCAGUCAGAAUAGAACCCCUAGCAAGACAAGGUGCCGCUCCCCAUCAACACUUCCCAGCGGAGGCCAAAUCCUAAGCUGGGAUAACAGUCAAGCCAACGCCACCACCUCUAAGGUCACCUUACCUGGGGAAAGGUCUUCAUCAUCUUCUUCCAAGCUGGCAUAGCCCCCAGUCUCAGCUGGCUCACGGGUCUCUGUCAUGGCCGGGGGAGGGGACAGGAGACUGGAGCAGAGCAGCAGCUGAGCAGCGUCCCUCCCCGGCCAGCUCUCCACACAACACCUCUGGCCACAAGUUCUCUAACACAGGAUGUUGACAGGUAGUGAGGGAUGCUGGAUAGGGGGAAAGGAAAGGCCGGUGAUGAUUCAAUAAAUUUUUACAUAGCACUCGUCCCCA